AUGUCUUAUGAAAAUAAUGUGUCAAUAUGUUCAGAACACCCAACUGAAGAAAAUGAAGUACACGAACUUGACUCUCGAAUAAGAACAUUAAGAGAAAUGGUUCAAAAAUCAAGAGAAAAAACCAAGGUCUUAUCAUCAAAAAUAGAUACCCAAGAUGAAGAAGGGCAGAAUUUUCAAUACCAAAUGACCAAGCCCAGGAUCAAAUAUGAUUCCAGAGCCAUGGAAAAUCACAUAUUGGACUUUUCAAGCAGUGAGGAUCCAUUUUUGAACACACUACUAGCAAAAGCACAAAAAUACCUACUACCAAGCUCAGCCUAUGAAAGGCAUCUUCAAGUUCUGUGGGACAAAUUUGCUACAUUUU